AUGGCCUCUGUUGCUUUGCCGCUUCCAUGUGCCGCUCACAGCCUACUCUUCCAGCCGAGGGCUGGAAGGGCCAUCCAGCAACCGGUCACGACCGGCUACAGCGUGCACCGCUGUUCGGGCAGAGCCGCACAGCGCAGAGCACAAAGCAUCGACGGACGCGGAGCACAUGUGCCGCACGGUGGCACAUCGCCACGAAGUGUUUGGGCGUUGCUGCUGGAAUUGGCAGAUGGCCGCUGCUGGGUCUUGUUGGGCUUCGGCUUGCUGCUGGUUGGAAGCAGCAAGACCGUGGGUUUUUUGGCUCCAUUCGCCAUGCGGAAAGCCGUGAAUUUCCUGAGCCGCUGCGACCUACAGGGACUCACUUGGCUGCUGAUUUUUGCUGCACUCAAAGGCCUGAGUCAAGCGCUGAACAACAGCAAGACAGCCCCCCAAGCCUUCAUCGCUCGCCCAAUGGGUAGGCGCUUGGCCCAACGGCUUUUAGCAAAGCUCUUGGCAUUGGAUUUGCAGUUCCAUGCCUUGCGCCGGACGGGGGAAGUGCUGCGAAAGCUCGAGCGUCCGCCCCGGGCUGUAGAUACAUUGCUGAGAGCUUUGUUAUUCACAUUAGUGCCCAUUGCCUAUGAAUCCACUGUGGUCUUUUUCCUGCUCCUCUCCAAAGCAGGCAUAGAUGUCGCGGUCACCGUGCUGUGCACUGUUGUGACUUACUUCCUCUUCACAAGCUGGAUGAGUGUGGGCUGGGUGGCACGUGCGCGAAAGAAGGAGAACCGCUUCGAUGACGCCCAGGCCUCCGAAGCCAACGACGCACUGCUAAACUGUGAAUCAGUUCGUCUUAUGACUGCAGCGCCCCGGGUUCUGCGCCGUUUCGACCGCUUUUGGUGGCAGCUGCAGCAGGGGCAGAUUUCCUCGGACCUGGCAGCGACGGUGCUUGCCGGUGGCCAGCAGGCCAUCACUGCGCUGGGAAUGGGUGUGGCUUUGCUCCUGGUGGCACGCCGGGUGGUCACAGGCUCCGCCUCAGUGGGCGAUGUACCCAUGGUGCAAGGCUUGAUCUCCCAGCUUUGGGCGCCUUUGCAAUUCCUCGGGUUCUACAUCCGGCAAGCACGGCAAGCUUUGGUUGACUUGGAAGAGGCUCGGGCUCUUCUUUCCUCAAAGAGGUCUCCUUUGGAGCUCGCAGAAGCAGCUGAGAGGCCAACACAAUCAGAGGAGCUGGUUGCAUUGCACAACCUGCCGCCGUGCACGGAGGGAUGUCCUUUGGUCGAGUUUCGAGAUGUGUGGUUUCGAUACGAACGUGGAUUGCCAUGGGUGCUACAGGGCCUGUCCUUCUGCAUUCAGCCAGGAGAGUUCUUCGUGAUUGUUGGCCCUUCGGGAAGCGGGAAGAGCUCCUUGGGACGCUUGGUGCCAAGACUUUUUGAUGCCUGUGAAGGCAGUGUCCUCUUCAAUGGCGUGGACGUGCGCCAUGUGACCUUGGGUGACCUGCGAGAACGCUUGGCCGUGGUGCCACAGGAUGUGGUGGUGUUCAAUGCGAGCCUGCGACAGAAUCUGUCGAUGGCCCGGCCGAAGGCCACCACGGAAGAAAUGACCGAGGCCAUUCGCGCAAGCGGACUGGAGAAAGCGCUUCUAUCCGGCAGCAGCGGUCUGACCAUGCAAUCAGUCGUUGGCGAGCGUGGGCUCCGUUUGUCGGGUGGUGAGCGGCAACGACUCUCCUUUGCAAGGGCAUUGCUGAGAGCACCAGACACGGAGCUGCUGAUUCUAGAUGAAGCAACCAGCGCUUUGGAUGCUGAGACUGGACAAUUCCUGCUGCAAAGUUUGCAAGAGUUGCGCCAAGGUGGUGGCAGGACUCCAGCCAUUCUGGCCAUCACACACCAGCUACAGAUGGCCAAAGAAGCUGAUCAAGUGCUGGUGUUACAGGAAGGAAAGGUUAAGGAGCGCGGCAGUCAUGAGGAGCUUUUGCAGAAAGGAGGAGCGUAUUGUGAUCUUCUGAAAGCAGCCGGUGAGAAGGCGAAACUGGACGAAUGA